AUGUGCCCGGGGCGUGGUAAUCCACCAGGAGAUGCUGAAGACACAGGGAGGGCUUCACGAUACUGGCAGGACCAAGGAGAGCCCCUGACAGGAUACCAGGAGGGCUAUUUGAAACCUCUUGGUGAAUCUGCUUUUGUCGCCAUACAGGUGGGACUGCGGGUCACGUGUUCCUUUGUGUCUAUAAAAUCCCACCCUCUGGAAGUGGGCACCUUCAGGAGAAAAACACUUCUUCCAGGAACCUCCGUCUCUUACGCUCAGAGUCACCCUUCUGGUCCUCCAAAAGAAAGGAUGCCUCCGUCAGCUUUGUCCUUCGCUCUCCUACUCCUGGCGGUCUCUUCCAGCAUCACUGAGGCGGUCAAAAGAGCUCCUCAGACCCUUUCCAGAGGAUGGGGCGAUGACAUCACUUGGGUCCAGACCUAUGAAGAGGGGCUCUUCCAAGCUAAGAAGAGUAACAAGCCCCUGAUGGUCAUUCAUCAUUUGGAGGACUGUCAGUACUGUCAAGCCUUAAAGAAAGUCUUUGCCAAAAGUGAUGAAAUCCAGGAAAUGGCUCAAAGUAGCUUUGUCAUGCUCAAUCUCAUGGUAGGUGAAAUCAAUAUGCCAGAUUUAUUUCCAAAGGGAAAUUCCAUCCCUCUUAGUUUUACAGAUCCCUCCUUAACAGUCAGAGCUGACAUCACUGGAAGAUACUCUAAUAGACUCUACACAUAUGAACCCCAAGAUUUGCCAGUGUUAAUAGAAAAUAUGAAGAAAGCCUUACAACUCAUCCAGAAGGAGUUAUAA